CACGCUUUCCUAGUCGGCUCGUCUACCUGCCUGGCCCCUCUCCUCCUCCUCUGCUCACCUCCCAGCAGAACAGAAAAUGAUAGUCUGAACUCUGAAAGCGGCCUCUCCGAUGCAAGCGUCCGCGCGCUUCUGCUCCUCCUCUGCGUCCUCCAAGAAGGUCUUUGCUGACAUUUCUGACGCCGUUGUACGGUCACAAUAUCGGCCUCUCUGUGGGAAGGCACACCUGUCUUCUUUGUCUGGUGAGGAUCCACCGAGAGUUCAGAAGAGAGUAUCAAAACAAGAAAGAAGGGCCAGGGUGGAAGAAUUUGUUGAAAAUUACAGGGCAUCACAUGAAGGAAAAUUUCCAUCUGCUACAUCUGUUCGUCAGCAGCUUGGAGGGUCCUACUACAUAUCGUGGGAAUUACUCCAGGAAUUGGAGUAUAAUUCAAGACUAAAAUGUGAUGUCAGAGAUGCCUCUUUCAACUCGAGAAACUUUGAGGGAAGAUAUGGGCUAAACAACAAUGACCUCUCAACCAAAGAUGCUAGGACCAAAGAAGAAAUGGUUGUACCCGAAGUCCAGAAGAGAGUAACAAAGCAAGAAAGAAGGAUCAGGAUAGAGGAAUUUGUUGAAAAUUACAGGGCUUCGCAUGAUGGAAAGUUUCCAUGCGCAACACAUGUUCGUCAGCAUGUUGGAGGGUCCUACUACAUAGCGCUCGCAUUACUCCAGGAAUUGGUGUACAAUUCAAAACUGGAGAGUGGUGUCAGAAACGCCUCUUUCAACUCAGCAUCGGUGAAGGAAAAACAUGGGUUCAACAAUAUCGAUUUCUCCACAAGAGAAAGAGAUGCUAUUCUCGGCUUUGAGGGCAUGAAGGAAGAAAUGCCGUAAACAUGCACGUGAAGGGUCAACUGGGAGAAAUCUUUGGGGAAACCUGAAAUCUGUAAAUUCAUAUGGUCUACUAGAUGCAACUUAGUAUAGGAUUCACAUUAUUUUAUUAUUCUUUUCAUGGACAUGGAACAUAAAUGUGAAGUUCUCCAAGGACCAUUGCUUCGACAUCGAUGUUUCAGAAGAUAAUUCUGUCAGUUAUAAGUUGUAACAAGCCAGUGUUUACAGUAAGGCGUGUACAAAGCCCCUUCUUUCUGUUGUUUGUCACUAAACCAAAUGGAAACUUUUCCUGUCAUGUACA